CAGGAUAUUGUGAAACAUAUCUUAAAAGUUCAUGCAGUGGAAUGAGCAGACGUGUGGGGGUGCUGUCAAUUCUAUUUAAAGUUUUUCAAAUUUGACAUAUCAUUGAUUUUUUAAACAAAAACUAAACAUAUAGAGUAAAUUCGUUAUAAAUUAAAUUAUAAUUUCGGCAAAUCUGGAUGAAAAGGAAGAAACAAUGAUUGCUGCCUCUGAUCCACAGGAAUAUGUUCCAAGUGGCCGGCAGCAAGCAUUUCGACAUCCCGGCCCUUUGGAGUCAACGAUAAAGCACAGUAAAACUGAUGUAGAUGAAUUCCUCUUGAACAAAUUUGAAAAAGUGUCAUUAACGGAGACAAAACGAUCAGAAUUUUGGACUCUCAGGAAAGUCCCUAAUCCUAAAGUACUUCAGAAAUAUUCACAGGAUAGUUCUAAGAAUAUUAAUAAAAGUUAUCAACAUACAAACUACAAAACCAGACAAAGUGAUUUUUUGGAUGAAUCUGUUAGCUUUAAAACUAAUACUGAUACUAGUUUAAAUAAGUUAGGAAAAAGAUUAUCUGAUGUAAAUUCUCCCAAAUUUUCCAGUAAAAGGUUAUCUGGUGAAGGAGAUAAAAGUAUUUAUGAACCAAAUAAAUCUCAAAUUCAGAAACAAGGACAAGAUACCCAUUUCUUGAUAAAAUCUGAUCCCACAUAUAUGGAAGAUGAACUUUAUGUUAAUGGUCAUACUGCCAUUUGGUCAAGAGGAUUAGUAAAUAAUCAUGAUGAUCUUGAUAAUGGAAGGAAAACAAUAUGUUCCUAUACAUCAGAAUCUGUUAUUCACCAAGCACUUUGGUGUACAUUUUAUUGUGAAUGUCCAGUUUUUGAAGAACAUAUCAUUGAUUUGCCAAAUUUAGAUGAGCCAACAGGAAAUCCAGUAGAAGCUGUUUGUAUUACUGACUUACAUAAUAUUAAAGUAUUCACUCCAAAAGGUGAAGAUUAUACGGUACCAGUUCCUUUUGUAAUAGAUAAGAUUUGGAGUACCAAAUAUGGAAUUCUUAUAUCAAAAGAAAACCAAAGUUUUCCUAAAGAUAAUAUUUAUGAAAAUAGAGCUACUUUAUUCUCUCUUGCUUAUCCUUUGGAUGACAUCUGCCCUGUGGUUAUGAACCAAUCUUCCAACUUGAAUAUUAUCAAUAAUAACAACAUGACUGUCAUUUAUACAAAUGACGAUCCCAGUAUAUGUAUGAUUUAUGAUUCUAUCACCAAGCAACAUAGUGUUUACAGAAUAAGGAAAGUGAGACCAGAUGAAAGGGAAUUUGGUGAUAAAAUUGCUAGUAUCUCUACAAGUCAGUCAAAUAAGUUGAAAAGUCGUUUGUCUAUGUGGGAUAAUGUAAAUAAUAAAUAUAUACCUUCUACUCCUCUCAGUAUAAAUGGAUCAAAUAUUGCCCAAACAGCAAACUCGAGAUCUCAAAGUUCUAUGGCAAUGAUGAGCCGUUGUCAAUCUCCAGCACCAUCAUCUUACAAUAGCCCAUGGCCACCACAGACCUUGAAAGUUCAUACAAGUUUUAAAAACUCAACUGUAUUUAACAAAUCUUAUUUUGAUUUGUCAAAGAAUGCUUCAUAUCUUAGAGCAACACCUACAAUAUGUUUGGAUUAUUUGUGGACCGACAAUUAUUCUGUACAAGAUAGUAAUACAGCAGCACCAGCAUCUAAAGUAUUUUUCGUGGAUGACUUUGUUGGACAGAAAUAUUUAUGUUAUAUUUUAGAAUCACGUUCUCAAUUAUCUAUUGUUAAAGUAGAUUUUUCAAGUAGAAAUAUUGUAUUUGGGAUGUUAACUAGUAUUAGUGCGAAGGAUGCUACCCAUAUUCCACAUCUCCACAUGUUAGCUAUUCUCGAACAUGGUGGCAAUGUCACCCUUUAUUCGGGACUGAAUAUUAUUGGCAAAUUACACAUUGGGGGUACUUUAGCCCAGCAUACUCCAUCUCCAUAUGUAAGAAGACAAACACCACAAGUUAAUUUUUCACCUUAUCCAAAGCGAAGCAGUUUAUUACCCCAUAUAAAAUCAACAGAUCCACAGUUUGAUGAACAUCUACUUUCUCCAGUUCUGCCAAAUAUGGUACCAAGAAAUCCCAUACUUCACAUGAAUUUUGCAGAACGUAAGAAUGAUAAAAAAGUGACGCUGAAUGGACUUAUACAUGCCAUUGAAGAUAGGAUCACACUGAAAUAUUCCGAUGGUACAUUUUAUAGAAUAACUCUUCCAAGUUUAGCGUCAACAUCGUUAGUUGAGAGUUGCUUAAUUGUUAUGCGUCAAAUUUUGCAAAAAGACGUCGCUGCUACACUAUUUUGUAGAUGGUAUUCUACAAAAAACGUCAUAGGAGCAAAGGAUAUAACUUCUGAGCAGGAAUGGGCUAUGUUUACAAAUCUUAUAUUUGAACUUUUAGGUUACGAUGAUGAACAACUCCAGGAUUCCUCUGGUGAAGUUCCAGUAACGCCAUCAAACGUUAUCAAAAAGCAAAAGUGUUCUACGGGUACUGAUAAUGAUUGGAUGUAUAUAUGCAACUCUGAACACAGAAAAAUUAAAGAAAAUAUCAACUUUACUCUUAAAAUAGAGUGUACAGAAAAUAUUGUUAUAGAUGAUUCUAAGAAUCGAGAAAAUAUAGACACAAGAGGUGUAUUAUUUCCAUAUAUAAGGCAAAUUCACUUUAAUCUGCAUUUGUUAUAUGAAGAUUUGAAACUGAAUACUUUAAGAUCAGAGGAAUUAUUACCUUUGAUGGAGCUCUUGAAUAAAUUAGCAAUUGAUUUGAGUCUGGAUGAAUAUAAUUUGCAUUAUUGGUUAGAUUUUCCUAAUCAGGCAGUUUUGAAAAAACAUUCAAUAAUACCCCAAACCGAAUUGAAAAAUAUAAACUGUUGGCAAGGAUAUUCAGAGAAACCGAUUAGCAUUUUCAAGUACAUUUACGAUCUCUUAGAUGGUGUACCUCUUAAUCCAUAUCCAUAUUUAGACGAUAUAUGCUCCAGAUCAAGAGAUAUUUUACAGCUGUGUAGUAUUAUAUCUCAAGCUAAUAAUGACCCAAAUAAUAAAUAUCGUUUUGCUAAAGAACUCAAUGGAUCAAAUAACGAAGAUUUUUUGCAAACUCCAUUGAUUUAUAAUAACAAUUCAUAUUUAGAAGAAGCAGUACUGCUAAUGGUUGAGAUGAAAAUGACAACAAGUUUCUUGGAUACAUUGCCAUACUCAAUUUAUUUUAUACUCUAUGAUACUCUAUGGAAAUGCAGAGAAAAUCCUCCAGCUGAUUGGCCGGCUGAAGCAUACUUUUUGCUUUGGAGAGAAGAUCUAGCAGCAGAGGCUAUAAAAAGUGAAAAAGAAAAAACUGGGACAACUCAGGAGCUUGUGGGAAUGUACAGUAAUACUCAACUCGAGGAUGUUAUGCCAGGUAUUAAAGCUGAUUUCGAGCAAGUCGAUGGAAUGGAAGACAUAGACAAUUCCCUUAUGAAACUGCGAUUUAGUGAAGAUGUAAGAGUAAAUGAAACUCGUAAAAUGCUUCAGAGUUCAAGACCAGUACCUAUUGUUUUAACCCAAAGACCUGAUGUUUCUGACCACGAUUUUAUAGAAGAACAAGAGAAACAUUUAUAUGGAAUUUGUAUAAGAACAAUGGCGCUUCCAGUUGGAAGAGGUAUGUUCACACUUCGUACUGCUACACCUGUGAUUACAGAACCUCUACCAGCUCCUCCUUUGUGUUUAACCGGUAAAGCACCUCCUAGAGGAACCACUGUUGAUUUAAAUCACAUAGAUACUCCUGCUAAUAUGAAUUUGUGGCCUUUAUUCCACAAUGGAGUGGCAAAUGGUUUAAGAAUUACCCCCGAUGCUCAUAAUAUUGAUAAUACUUGGAUUAUUUUUAAUAAAUGUAAAGGUAGUAAUGAUUUACAAAUGGAACAUGCAGGAUUUCUAUUAGCCUUGGGAUUGAAUGGUCAUUUAAGGAAUUUGGCUUUUAACAGCACUUUUAAUUACUUAGAAAAACUGCAUGAGAUGACCAGUGUUGGUGUUUUACUUGGUUUAUCGGCCGCUUUUAGGGGCACAGCUCAUCCAUGUCUCACAAAAACAUUAGCCAUCCAUGUCGAAGCUUUACUACCGCCUACUUCUAUGGAACUGGACAUUCCACAAACAUUACAAGUCGCUGGUCUGCUAGGUAUAGGUUUGGUUUAUCAAGGAACCACUCAUAGACACAUAACAGAAGUAUUACUGACUGAAAUUGGUAGACCUCCUGGACCAGAAAUGGAAAAUAGCGUGGACCGGGAAUCCUAUUCUUUAGCUGCAGGCUUGGCCCUAGGAUUAGUCACAUUAAAAAAUGGCGAACGUCCUUCAGGUUUAUCAGACUUAAACGUCCCCGAUACCUUACACUACUAUAUGGUUGGUGGAAAUAAAAGACCUCUAACUGGUUCACAAAAAGACAAGUACAAAACUCCUUCAUUCCAAAUUCGUGAAGGUACCUCAGUAAAUCUUGAUGUUACGGCUCCGGGUGCUACUUUAGCUUUGGGAUUAAUGUAUUUAGGUACUGGAAAUAAAGCCAUCGCCGACUGGAUGGCACCUCCACAAACACAGUAUUUGUUAGAUUUUGUACGACCCGACUUCUUGUUAUUAAGAACUUUAUCUCGAUCACUGAUUUUAUGGAAUGAAAUUGAACCAAGUAAAGAUUGGGUUGAAAGUCAAGUUCCAUCAACAAUAAGGCCAUAUUGCUUAGUAAAACCAUGUAAUACUGUAAAUGUAGAUUAUGAAGCUAUGAACCAAGCAUAUUGCAAUAUUGUAGCUGGAGCUUGUUUUGCAAUGGGUUUAAAAUUCGCAGGAACGGCUGAAGAAGAAGCUUACGAAACGUUACUUUAUUUCUGUCAUAUGUUCACUUCAUUAACAGGAAAGUCUAUAGCAGAACUUGCUGGAAAAUCGACUAUAGAAACAUGCCUAAAUGUUCUACUCUUGUCAGUAUCAAUGGUGAUGGCCGGUACUGGAAACAUUGAAAUAAUGCGUUUGGUAAGACAUUUGCGGCGAAGAGUAGGGGUGUCAAGUAGCCCCGUUGUAACGUACGGAUCACAUUUAGCUAUACAUAUGGCUUUGGGUCUAUUAUUUCUAGGUGGAGGACGUUAUACGUUAUCUAAUUCAGCAUCAAGUGUGGCCGCGUUAAUUUGUGCCUUUUAUCCCAAAUUUCCUACACACAGCAACGAUAAUAGGUACCAUUUACAAGCGUUUAGACAUUUAUAUGUAUUAGCUGUGGAAGCUCGAUUGAUAAUACCGAAAGAAGUGCAUUUAGAUGAAAUAAGUUACGCCAAUUUGAGGGUAGUAAAGUUAGAUGGCACUGUUCUGAAUGUAAAGGGACCUGGCAUAAUACCAGAUUUAAAUACUUUAACUAAAGUUGAAGUUAACGAUGAAAGGUAUUGGCCGGUUGUGUUUGAAAGGGGUAAAAAUUGGAAUUUAUUAGAGAAAAUAUUGUCAACGACAGGAUACAUCGAAGUGAAACAACGAGCAGGAUGUCUAAGCUAUAUUUUAGACAAAUUUGGAUACCGCAGUCAGCUCGCUCGUACCCUUACCCAUUCCUUGGUUGUACCAUGGGAUCCAUCUCCGUCUUCAAUCACUUUAUUCACAUCCGAUAAGUCAGUGAAACUAUUUUGUAGAUACUUUUUGAGUAGCGAUAAUGCUACUGAAUCCUGUUUACUUGAAGCUAGAUUGAAACAGACUUUGUCAAAAAUCACGUAUGACGCUGUAGUUAGAGAUAAACUCAUUGUGAUAGUAGUGUAUAUAGCUUUAGUUAAGGUAAUUUUAGAUCUAGAAAAUAAUCCAUGUCCAAUGAAUAUAUGGCAAUUUAAAAUAAUUGCAAAACGAGUUAUGAAAAGCGACUGUUCCAAUCUGCUCUCCAAAGAAAUAAUACUCUCACUACGCCAAGAAUACAUGAAAAUUUUUGAUAAAUGGGAAGAUAGCAUGAAACAGGUACUGCAGAGAUAUUUACAAGGAGUUUUAGAUUUCAGUGGAUCUACUGAUAAUUUGCUGUCCAAAAAAAUGUCUGCUUAUGUGAUAUUUUUCGAUUUUCCAUGGAACUGUGAGUCAGUCACUGGAGAGUUUUUGGAAAUUUUUGAAAAAUUAGCGAAUAGUGGUUUAUGUACUGAGACUGUUGAGAAGAUUGUUAAAGUUAUGAACUAAUUUAAGAUAUUUUAUAAGGAAAAUAAAUUUAUUUUUUCUUAAUUAUAACAUUUCAA